AUGAGAAAGCAACUCCUCUCCCCAUUCGUUCCUUUCUUGAUGUUCUUCCUCUACAGCUCCACUACUUAUGCUCAAGCCCCAUCACCGGCACCUUCAGGUCCAACCAACAUCACUGCAAUCCUCGAGAAGGCUGGUCAGUUCACAACCUUAAUUCGGUUAAUGAAAAGCACCCAAGAGGCUGACCAAAUCAACACACAACUCAACAAUUCAAACCAAGGUCUAACAGUGUUUGCGCCAACUGAUAAUGCUUUCACUAGCCUAAAAGCAGGCGUACUAAAUUCGCUGAGCGACCAACAAAAGGUCCAAUUGUUGCAGUUUCACAUCCUUCCAAAUUUCCUUUCCAUGUCAAACUUCCAAACUGUGAGCAAUCCCUUGCGUACCCAGGCCGGAGAUAGUGCCGAUGGCGAGUUCCCGCUAAAUGUGACAACAUCAGGGAAUCAAGUGAACAUAACAACAGGGGUUAACACUGCAACUGUGGCUAAUACUAUAUACACUGAUGGCAAGCUAGUUGUGUAUCAGGUGGAUCAGGUCCUUCAGCCAUUAGGUCUUUUUGGUUCAGCGGCAGCACCAGCCCCUGCACCUUCAAAGCCUGAGAAAGAUGUUCCAGCCAAAGCUCCUGCAGGUUCCAAGGAAGAUGCCUCUGUUGAUGCUUCAGGUGCACCCAUUGCAACAGUACCCUUCGGUAUUGUGCUGAUCGCAGCAAUUUCAUUCAAGCUAUGA